GUGGUUGAGAAGAAGAGAGACAAAAAUGUAUUUUGGAAAUUAUGGGGAUCAAACAAGGGCUAAAUCUGAAAAUAUCAAGUGGAAGCACGAAAGAGUGAUUCAAGAGAAUCACACCCCAACAAAUCCACAAGGGCUUUUUUUGGGGUCAUUUCAAAUUUAUGGGGAUCUAAUUCACAACAUUAUUUAGAGAAGGGUGGGACCAUUCAUUAUGUGUUUAGAGGAUGGCAUGUGCAGGGAUGGUGGUCAAGUGGUCUCCACUGGCGGACAGGAAUAGGGUGGUGAGGAACUGUGAAGGUGAGCAGGGGGUGGAAGAGAAAACAGGGGACGCCUGAGGACAUUUAUGGAGUUGGUCAACUUGGUCUUAUUUAUAGGUUAUCCAAAUUCCCAGAAAAGGAAUUACCGUUGUCCGUGCUGCUCCUGCAAAACACAUAUGCUUGAAGGUGGUUGAGAAUAAUUACUGUGCUUCUAGAAGAGGUACUAGAUGUUAUUUUGACCCUACCUUUCUUAUGUUACUGGAUUUUCUAGAAUGAAUAUUGCAGUCUAUGUUUUUGUGCAUCACAGUUGCGGGGCAUGUUUCUUUUGGUGGAUUUUAAUUUAUUUAAAGCAGCAGAGGCCAUUGCACUCUAGAUUUCGAAGCAUGAGUUCUCAUCUGGAGUUUUUGCAAAAACUUCUAUCAUCUACAGGAGGUGUACGCUGUCUAUCCAUCCUAAAUGCCACGUUUGCCAUCAUUUUUGGUCUUCUUGCACUAAUUCUUGGUUCAACUCUCCUCACGCUUGGUAGCAGCUGCUCAUUGCCGUUGUUCUGGUGCUAUGAAAUCGCAUCAUGGGGGCUGGUAGUUCUAUACGGAGGAACCGCCUUCUUGCUAAGAAGAAAAACAGCUGUAUUUCCUGACGAGAAUGACUUUGCAGGAAGGAAUAUUGGGUUGGAAAUGCUCGAAAUAAAUCCAGUGGAAGUCACACCACAGGUGGAGAGACGUGUUAACGAAGGUUUUAAGUCAUGGAUGGGUCCAUCUUUCCUAUCCUCAGACGAGGAGGAUGAAUCGGAUGACUAUCAGGAAAUGCCAAAUCUAACCAAUACAAUCUCCAGCAAGCAGUGUGUGUGAAAGUGACAGAUUCUGAAAAAUCUAUCGAAGUUCAUUGCUAGCGAAGAGCUAUUCCACAACUUAUGGUCUCAUACGAGAAAAGCAAUGCUGCUUUUACGACGGAUUUGGUGUCGGUUAGUGUUGAUUGAUACGUUUUAUCGAACCAAAUACCAAUUCUAAUGCUAUAGCAAGAGUGUUUAUACUGAUUGCUGCUGCAUUAGUGUUUUUACUUAAUAGUCACACACUGUAUAAAAUUCGAUUCGAACAAUUUUUGUAUACCUUUUUUGGAGCUUUCGAUUAUUUGUACUUGAUGAUCUUGUUAAUAACUACUGCACAUUAUAGCAAA